CAGCCCCGUGGCUCUCUCGCCCUAAUCCUCUCCUCUCUCUCGUAUGUCCUAAUCCUCUCCCUCCUCUCUCUCUCUCUCUCUCUCUCUCUCUGAAGCUCGGUUGAAGGCUCAUUCACGAACGUGAGUAAUCAUGUGUCAGACACCUGCCAAAUGAAGCUGACCCGACCCAGUUCCUUCUUCCACUCUCACCGCUGCCAAUCACCAAUGUUUUGAAUCAGGCUAAUACUUGGUUUUGGCCUUGAUCCUGGUUGUACUCGCUAUGAAUGCAUUGGAUGGCAUGUAAACGCCACAGUGGGCUCCAGAUCAAGUAUAAGACAUGGGUCGAGCACCAGUGACCUUGCCUGCGAAACGAGGCAGACCCAACUCAAAUCAUCCUUCCCAAACACUCACUGAUGCUGAUCGCAAGCUCUAUGACCUUAUCAAGAGCAAGGAAGGCAUGGGAAUCUUUUUUACUGACAUGAGACGUGAGACAGGGCUUCAAGACGUUAUUCUUAAAAAGUCCCUUAAAUCUCUCCAAUCCAAGAACCUGAUAAAAGAUGUCCCUAAUAUUCACAGCAAAGGGCGAAAGCACUACAUGGCAGUUGAAUUCGAGCCCUCGAAGGAAGUUACAGGUGGGUCAUGGUACUCGGAGGGAAAGCUUGAUACAGAUCUUAUAAAGAUAAUGAAAGAUCAAUGCUUGAAGCAUAUCGACAAGUUGAAAGUUGCCACAAUUGAGGGGAUGUUGGAAUUCCUCCGUAGGUCAGGCGCCUUUAAAAUUGAAUUUAGUACCCAGCAGAUUGCGGAAAUUGUGCAGUCACUGGUUUUGGACAAUGAGAUUGAAGAGGUGAAGAGUACUGGGACAGGUGAUUUUGCCUUUGUGCCUCUGGGGAAGGUCUGUUACCGCCGCUCAGAUAGGAGGCAUUCGGUAGCUGGUGUCAUGUCAUCGAUUCCUUGCGGGGUUUGUCCUCGGAUUCGUGAAUGUACGCCUGAUGGUAUUAUCUCCCCGACGACUUGUGUUUAUUUCAAGAAGUGGUUGGAUUUUUAAAUGUCAUGGUUGCCUGCGACGAUUGAAUUUUGUCACCUGCCCCUUUGACCCAGAAGGGUGUGAAGCCUUGUAAUUGGGCUCGAUUCAGCUGCUUGCCUGCGUACGGAGCCUGGGGAUGCUUGAAUUUCAAGUGGUAAUAAGGACUGGCAACUUGCCACAGAUGGGCCUUGGGCUACGGUACCUAAUCCGCUUUGGAUGGGCCUAGGUUGGAACCUUUUAGGUCCUGCUGGUGUGAGUUUCUGGUCUGAUUCAUGUAAGACGGUACGGCCUGGGUAUAUGUUAAAAAAUGUUCUCAGUUGAGUCCUGCCCUACGUUUGGAUUCAGAUUCAUUCAUCGUCGCCUGAGUCUGGACAUGGGCCUCAGUAGCUUGCCCGAGUUUUCUAGUCAACUCGACCACGGACUGAGUCGGAGUCUUCUAUGUUUUAAAACCAUGAUUAUAAGUGUAUGUUUGCACAUGUGGAAGGUUGGAGAAACGAUCAAAGUACUUGGUUUCAA